AUGAGUCUCAAAGUCCUUAAAGACUAGCCUCUUUCUAAAGAAGAAAAAGAUAAGAAAAAGCUUGAGGAAGAACAGAAAAAAGAAGAAGAAGACUUCGUCAAGCAACUUGAAAUUAUUUCCUAUAAAAUUAGAAAAAGCCCUGAAUUGUAUGUGAAAGAAGUCACUGAGUAUUAUUCAGAAUUCAAAUAAUCAUUUGAAAAAGUGAAGGAAAGUCCUAUGCAAAAAAAUAGAAAAUUCUCAGAUUUGUGUGUAUUUUUAGCUCGUAUUGCUCAAUUUUAUAAAUUUGACGUACUCGAUACAUAUAUUAUGGAGUUCUUGGAACAUUAUGCCAAUCAAAUGAAUCCUGCUCUAAGAAGAAGUCUUGCCGCUGCUCUUAUGAUUAUGCGUUCUAAGAAUCUACUCAAGCCAGUCGAAACAACUUCCUUCCUUUUAAAGUUGUUAAACUGUCAAGAUAAAGAACUUAGAAAAAUGAUUGCCAGUCAUAUAGUCAAUGAUAUCAGAAGAAUGAAUAAGCAUCAUAAGAAUUAAAAGAUCAACAAGUCUCUCCAAAAUAUUAUUUUUGAAAUUUUGAAAAACAAUAGCGAUGGUAUUGCAAAAAGAAGUUUACAAAUUAUGAUCACUCUUUACAAGAAGGGUAUUUGGACUGAUUAAAAAACAGUAAAUAUUAUAGCUUCAGGUUGCUUGAAUGAUAAUUACAAGAUCAAGCUCAUUUCUUGCUAUUUCUUAGUCUCUACUACUGAAAUGGAAGAAUAUGUCUCAACAGAUGAAGACGAAGAAGAAGAAAUCGACCUAAGAGAAAAGAAAGGUAUUAACAAAAAGACAAGAGCUAAAAUAGCAAAGAGAGAAAGAGAAAAAAAGAAAGCUGAAAAGAGACUUCGUAAAAGAAUGAAACAAAACAUCAAAAAUAACUUUUUCCCUAUCGAUUAAAUAUACAAUCCUUAGGAUUUCGCUGAAAAGGUAUUUACACUUCUUAGAAAAUCUCACGAAAAAUUCCCUGUCAAGAUGUGCAUGAUGUCAGUCUUAUCUAGAAUGAUUUGUCGUCAUUAAUUGAUCCUACUCAGCUUCUACUCUUUCUUGUAGAAGUAUCUUCUUCCUCACUAAAAAGAAGUUACUAAGAUACUUGCUUAUCUUGCUGAAUCAAUCCAUAAGCUAGUUCCUCCUGAUGAGCUUAUCCUUACUGUUAAACACGUUAUUGAGAAUUUCGUUAAUGAUAGAUGCUCUGAGUAGGCAAUGACUUGGGGUUUAAACACAAUUAGAGAAAUGUGUGUUAAAAACUACCAUAUCCUUGACAGUCCCAAUCUUAAUUAUCUUGCAAGUUACUGUGAUUAUAAAAAUAAAUAUGUCAGUAGAGCUGCUAAGUCUAUUGUCAAUUUAUACAGAUAAAUCAAUCCUAAGCUCUUAGAAAAGAAGUAUAGAGGCAAGAUUAGACAAGAUGGUAAAUUAAAAGACGAUGAUGGUGAACUACUUAAGUAUGGUGAGGAAUAUAUUUACGAUACUAUUGAUGGUGCUGAACUCCUAUAAGAAGACGGUGAUGUACCAGUUUACAUGGAUCGUCUAUUGACUGAUGAAGAUUUUAGAAAAAUCAAAUUCUUAAAAAUGAAGUAGGCUUAAUAGGAAGAAUUAGAAAGAUAAGAAAAAAUCGAGAGAAUGAAAAGAGGAAGAUUAGCUGAUGGAGAAGAUGAUGAUGAAGAUGAUGAAGACGAUGAUGGAGAAGGCUCAGAGUACGAUGAUAUUUUAUCAGGAGAAUGGGAAGACGAAGCUGAAGAGUAUGAAGAUAGCGAAGAAGAAGAUGAUGAAGAAAAUGAAUAAAAAAAGAAGAAACCUAAAAAAGUUUAAAAAGCCCAAGCACCUAAAAAAGAAAACAAGCCUAAACAAAAAGACUAAGAAGAUGAAGAAGACAUUGAAAUAGAAGAAGACUAUGAUGAUGUUUCAGAAAUAUCUGAGGAUUAUGAUGAAGAAGAUGCCUCAGGAGAAUUUGAAGAACUUGAAGGUGAAGAUGAUGAAGAAGAAGAAGAAGAAAUAGAAGGUGAAGAUGACGGAGAAGAAGGAGAAGAAGAGGAUGAAGAAGAAGAAGAUAUUAUUAUGAUGGAUGAAUCUGAAAACGAAGGUGAAGCUGAAGUUGAAGAAAAAGAUAAAAAGGAAAAGAAAAAGGUUGCUGAGAAUAAAAAAUCUGAUCAAACUUAAAAGAAGGAAGAUAAUAAAUAAGAACAAUCUAAAAAAUUAAAAUAACAAAACAAAAAGCGUAAAUUGGAUUUAGAAGGUUACAGCAGCUUCGACUCAGAUGAAUAUGAUGAAGAGAUGCAAGGCUACGGUAAUAUUCACGGACAUGUUAAUUAAUCCUAGAUUGAAGCCUUCAAAGACAGUAGAGCUGAAGCUAGAAAGAAAAUAGAAGAAGCUAAUAAAAAUAAAGUCAAAGAAAGAUGGUAUUAGGGACCUAAGGAAAAAGGAGGUGGUCUUUCCAAUAAAGAUAAGAAAAAUUUCAAGCCACUUGCUAUGCUUAGACCAAAAAAGAAUUCAGAAUAAAUCUUGGUUAAAAAAACCAAAUAAAAAAUAUAGCAAAUCAAAAACUAACUAGGUCAUUUCUAAUCUGGCAAGCAUAAAAAGACCGGUAAAAAGAAAAUAAAAAGAUAAUGA